CUACAUUUACAGGGGCGGACUGAGCACUCGGGCAUUGCCCAAGGGCCCGGGGUCAGUAGGGAGCCCCAUGAGGUGCCUCUGGCAGGGGCGGACUGACCAUUUGGAAACUCGGGCACUGCCCGAGGGCCCGGGGUCAAUAGGGGGCCCCAUGAGAUGCCCCUGGUACCUUUUUCAUAGGCUUUUUUGAGUUUGGGCAAGGACACAGGGGCCCCAUGAUCCCCUAUUGCCCGGGGGCCCAAUGAGUUGUCAGUCUGCCCCUGGAUAGCAGCAUC